AUGUCAGUCGACGAACGCCUAAUGAAAGUUGAAUCCUCAGCGUACGCCAAAAUCGAAACUACAUAUCCGGUGCAGGCUCCUAUGUCUUUUGCAAAGAAUUUGGCAGCGCUCGCCUCACUGGCUUCUGGAGUCAGCAUUGUAUUGGCAAUAGGAGUUGUUGGCUACAUGUUGAACGACAUCAACAACUUUUAUGACGACGCUUUGAUAGAACUCGAUGAGUUUAAACUCAACGCCAACAGUGCUUGGAGCCACAUGACAGCAUCAAUUCGUGAGGAAUCAGUUCGCGAAGUGCGCAGCGUUUUUCACCGCAAGAAGAAGCAAGCAGGUGGGUCCUGCAAUUGCGCCGAAGGGCCCAACACUUGCCCUCUGGGACCACCAGGACCACCAGGAGAAGCUGGAGCUCCUGGAGAAGACGGCGCACCUGGAGAGGAUGGCGCCUCUGGUUCCAUAGGAAAUGGUGGAAACAUUGGAAACGAUCGCGGGUGCCCGAAAUGUCCCGCAGGACCCCCAGGACAACCUGGCGCUGAUGGUGAGCAAGGACCGGCCGGCUCUGAUGGCACACCUGGACAGCCUGGAGCACCUGGACAAAACGGCCAACCGGGGACACCUGGAGAUCAGGGUGACGCUGGAGCACCUGGAGAUGAUGGCGCACCGGGAGAACCUGGAGCCCCUGGACAGAACGGAAAAUCAGGACGUGGUAAACCCGGCUCAGCAGGACCUGCGGGACCGGCUGGUCCCUCCGGACAGCCUGGCCAGGAUGGUGAAGCUGGUCAGGAUGGACAACCAGGACAACAAGGACCAGAAGGACCAGCUGGAAACGACGGUGCUAAGGGGCAGAACGGUGAACCUGGAAUACCAGGAAACGCUGGAAUUCCAGGAGGAGAUGCCUCAUAUUGUCCAUGCCCACCGCGAACUUCCGAUGUUCCUGUUGUUAGCAAAACUCCUCAGCAGGACACCACUGGUGACUCUGGUUAUGAAAUCGUUGAAAUCGAAGUUCCGGAGGAAGGAUAUGAAGAGGAGAAACCUGCACCAAGUGGCGGCGGUCCUGCUGGCUAUAGCAGGCAACGAGUUGCCGCGAAAAGCGUUCGUAGAGUUCGCGUCUCUAAAGCCGCCUAA